GAUUUGCUAUCGUUCAGGUUCACCGAUCGCCCGGGACAGUUUUCCGGUCGCCCCAUGGCCGACUUGAAGACGGCGCUGCGGAAGCAGGUGCGGGGACGCUUGAAACUUCUCGAGGACAACGAGCUGAACCGUCAGAGCGAGGCAGUGUGUGAGCGCUUGACGCGAAGCAGGACUUGGGCGGCCAGUCGGAGCAUCGGCCUCUUCUUGGCGAUGCCAAAAGGCGAGCUGCGCACCACGCCCAUCUUGGCCGCCGCGCUGAGUGCGGGGAAGCGGGUCUACUGCCCCCGAGUCAUGAAAGCGACGGAGAGUGAGGCAUGGAUGGAGUUCUUUGAGGUUCGAAGCCUUGAAGAGGCGUCCACCUUGCCCUUGUCCAAGUGGAAGAUACCUGAGCCUCCGGAGACCUUUCCCCGGAUCGAAGCAACUGAUCUGGAUUUGCUGCUGGUGCCUGCCGUUGCACUGGAUCUCGGCAGGCGGCGCUGCGGUCAGGGCAUGGGUUUCUACGAUCGUUACAUCCAGCGAGCUCGUCGAGACCGGCCGCCCGAGAGGCUCCCGCUGCGGACGAUCGGCAUUGGCUUAUUGGAGCAACGACAGGAGGAAGUGCCCUGUGAGGAACACGAUGAACUGCUUGAUGGCGCGGCUCGACCUCAAGAGCUUGUGACACGGGCAGGUGCCCACUUCCUCCAUUGCUUCGGCAGCCCAAGCUCUGUGACGGCAUAUGCAACUCUCGAUAUUCAUUGGCAGAGGUGAUUUUCCCCGACGGCAGCGCCUUUGCGCCGAGCCUCGAGGAGUAGCCGUCGGUCCGCGGCAGCUGCGAGUGGUCAGCGGCGAAACCGGCUGCGACGGCAUCCCCUGAACGAACCGUCCGAAAAGGCGAAGAAAAAAA